AUGGAGUUUUCCUCUUCGCCGCCCGCAAAUCGUCGGCUCCUCAGCCUCGAGGACGACGACGACGACGACGACGACGAGCUGACCUUGGUGACACAAUCCCCUUACUUUACACAACCAACCCAAGUCGUUGAGCGACCGAAUCCACAAUUACCGCCAGUCGCGACUUCUUCUCCCAAGUCGAUCGUCGAGGUGCCUGCCUCGUCCCCGUUCCGGCCACAGGCUCUUCAACAACGACGCGGGCCCCUCGCGAAUGUCAUGGCACCUGCUGGUACGACGUUCAGGCCUCCUGCCCAGAAGCCUCUGCCGAUAACAAAAUCUGCGCCAAAGCGGGAGUUUGUCAUGAUCUCGGAUGACGAGCUUGAUGCCCCGAUCUACGCCGGAGGUGAUUCCUCGGAUGAUGACGAACCCUCGAGAGGAGACAUCCGCCCGUCCUCGUUUCAGCCUAGGGGGCCGAAGAUCUCACAAGUUGCGCCCGAAGGCCAAGCAGUCGCGAAGAAGACGAUACAGGCUGCCAAAUCUGCUUCUACCAGCUCCGUAACGAGCCCAGAGAAAUCCUAUGUCUUACAAAAGGAUUGGGUAUCGCUUUCACCAUCUUCUUCAUCGCAGGAAAGCUUCGAGUCCUUGCGGAGGGUUUCCCCUCCAAAGCCAACCCGGCGACGACUUGUACAAGGCCGACGCCCGCGCUCAGCGAGCCCCUCGAGUCCCGUACUCAGCCUCAGCCAACAGACACCACAACGAGCGCAAUUAAUUGAUCUGGUUAGCGACGAUGAUGUGGGAGACGACUACAAAGCGUCCAAGACGUCUUCGCAGCGCGGUUCUUCGCCGGUGGGAGGUGAAGAAGAGGAUCCUUUUGACAAACGGGUCUUGAACUACCUGAACACUUGCGACGUCAUGCAGCUUGUCGCCAUUGCGAAUGUCAAAGAGGAUAGUGCGAAGCUGAUGGUCUCUCGUCAACCGUUUAGCGACCUUGAGGAAGCCCGGAGGGUGACAAUAUCCCAGAAAAAGCGUGGCAAGAAAGCUGCCAAGGUUUCGAUCGGAGAUGAGAUUGUUUCGGCAGUCAGGUCCUACGCUCGUGCGCUGGAUGACAUUGACCACAUCAUUGCGGUCUGCGAAUCCCAAGCGGACUCGCUCAAGGCGACAACCUCGAGGUGGAAUAUCGAUCUGACAGGUCACCUCCGCAGCGACUCAAAGCCCGACGACGGGAAGCCAAUGACUCCAGUCAGCGUUGAGGACUCGGCGAAACUGGUGGAGGUGCCGCUGCGUCAACCAAAGCUCAUGGAGGGCUGCACGAUGAAGCCAUUCCAGAUCUACGGCCUCAACUGGCUACACCUGCUUUAUCAGAACCGGUAUGGCGGUAUUCUAGCUGACGACAUGGGUCUCGGCAAGACCUGCCAGGUCAUUUCGUUGAUCUGUUCCAUUGUUGAAGACUAUGAGCGCAACGGCCGAAGCAUGGAUACCCGCCCGUGGCCGAACCUCAUCAUCGUUCCCCCCUCUACGCUGGCAAACUGGGCUGCAGAGUUUGAAAAGUUUGCUCCAAAGCUCAAUGUCACGCUCUAUCAGGGCAGCCAGUCUGCCCGAGACGAAAUUGCCUUUGACAUCGGGGAAGAUCCGUCUAGCCAUCAUGUGGUCCUGACUUCAUACUCGCAACUCUCAAGGAACGAUGAUAUCUCCAACCUUCGUCGCCUCCGGCCAACCGUGGCGGUGUUUGACGAAGGUCACAAGAUGAAGAAUCCCAAGACGAAGGUGUAUAAGGAUCUGCUCCGCAUAACGGUGACUUGGCGUUUGGUACUGUCCGGCACACCGGUUCAGAACAACCUCAUGGAGAUGGUCGCUCUCUUGCAGUUUGUCGAGCCGAAGCUGUUCCAAGACCACUUUGAGAAUCUGGAAGCGCUGUUCAACCAGAAACUGUCAUUGACAGCAGUUUCCAAGGGAGCCCUCUUGCACAGCGAGCGGGUUGCGCGUGCCCGGACGAUCCUCGAACCGUUCAUCCUUCAGCGGAGAAAAGAGCAGGUGCUGCAAGACUUACCGCCCAAGACGUCCAGGGUUGUCACCUGUAAGAUGGAUCCUGUUCAGGAAGCCAUAUAUCGAGACUACGAGAGACGGUUUAGGAAAUCCGACUCUUCGGCUUCCGAUCCUCGAGUCAAAGAAGGCCGGGACAACGACACGAACAAUGUCUGGAUCCAGCUGCGAAAAUCAGCCAUCCACCCACAGCUGUUCCGGCGGUUCUUCAAGGACCGCGACGUCGAGAAGAUGGCCGAAAUCCUGAUGAAGAAGGUGCCGCAGUCAGAGUUGAGACAGCCGAGGCUCGACCACCUGAUAAACGAGCUCAAAGCUCUGUCCGACUUUGAGUUGCACCUCUGGUGCAGGGACUACGAGUGCAUCAGGCGCUACGAUCUCCCGGAUAAGUCAUGGACGGAUUGCGCCAAAGUCAAAGCGCUCCUCGAGUUGGUCCGGGAAUACCAGGCAAACGGGGAUCGCACCCUCGUCUUCACGAGAUUUGCCAAGGUGAUCGAGAUCCUAGGCGAGUGUUUGGCGUCGGAAGGCAUCGAAUACCUGUCUCUCCAGGGAAAUACCGAUGUCAGCGCGCGGCAGGAGCUGAUCGACGAAUUCAACGCCGACGAGUCCAUUCCCGUGUUUCUCCUGACGACAGGCUCCGGCGGUACUGGCAUCAACCUUACGGCUGCCAACAAGGUCAUCAUCUUUGACCAAUCUGACAACCCGCAGGACGAUAUUCAGGCCGAGAACCGUGCUCAUAGACUUGGGCAGACGCGGCCGGUGGAGAUCAUCAGGCUGAUCAGCGAGGGGACGGUGGAGGAGCUCGUGUACAAGGCGUGCGAGAAGAAGCUCGAACUCGCCAACAAGGUCACGGGCUGGAGCUCGGUUGAGAUGACGUCGGGAGAGAUGGAGUCUGCAGUCAAGAGCGAGCUACUCCGGCAGGGUGUGUCGACCCCUCCAAGCGGGAAUUGA